UUACUGCGUCCAGUACUACGCGCGAAUCUGUAGCGAGUGGACGUACUAAAAAUGGAGCGUGAUAACUUCGAUACUGAACUUUUUAUAGACGAAAUUGAAAAAAGAGUAGCCAUAUGGGAUAUGGAAUCUUCAGACUAUUCCAAUAGAGUAAUAAAACGUAGGAACUGGGAAGAAAUAGUCGAAAUUUUUUGUGAACCUGGCGAUUCCCAAGAAAAGAAAAAAGCUUUAGGCAUUUCAUUGCAAAAGAAGUGGAAAGGAUUGCGUGAUGGCUUUGUUAGAGAAAUGAAGAAGAUGAAAACCACACCGUCUGGAUCAGGAGCCUCCAGCAAAGCCAAAUAUAUUUAUUUUGAACGUUUGAUGUUCCUCGAACGAUCGACACGGAAUAAAGCUACUGAAAGCAAUAUCAACACCACGUCUGUAACAGCUGAAGAACAAGAAUUUUCUGGCGAUGGGGAAGAUGUAAUGAGACCUCCGCUUAGUCAGGUGAAAAAGAAAAAAAAGCUGAACGCAGCUGAUGAAGAAUUUCUCGCCAUCAUAAACAAAAAUUUAACAUCUAGAAAUCAGCCACAGACAUCAAACCAAAUGGAGUCAGAUGAUGACAAAUUAUUCUGCAUGUCAUUACACAAGGAGCUUAUUAAAAUACCAGAGGAAAACAGACUUCAAACAAAAAUUGAAUUAAUGAAAGUGCUUCAAGCUCAACAAACCAUGUAUGAUAAACCUUCAGCUGUUCGAUCUGCCUACCAACCUUCUACACAAUAUCAUUACCAAGUAGGGCUAACACAACGUGGACAGAGAGAUUAUUUUGAAGAAACAGGAUAUAACACAACAGAAUCUUUAACAUCUUCGUUGUCCCCUGCAACUUAUAAUCGAGGUUAUUUCACUACGCCACGGAAUACUCUCGCCCAAAACACUCUUCCAACAACACCAUCACCGGCAUCUACACAAGAUUCGCAAGAAUCUGAAUUAAUGGAGCUAUACAAUAAUUAA